AUGGAUUCCAAGGCCGACGAGAAGGCCGGCUUUGAGCAUGGUGCUGAGUACCAGGAUACUCAUGUAGCUGCCCAGGUUGCGCAUGAUGUCCAGAACCAGAACCUGUCGCCAUGGACACCUUCCAUGUUUCGUCUGUACCUCGUUUUGACGUGUGCUUACCUUUGCGGUUGUCUGAAUGGAUAUGAUGGCUCUGUUAUGGGCGGCAUUAAUGGCAUGAAGGCCUAUCAGCACUACUUCGACAUGUCCUCGGAAGGUUCCUCAACCGGCAUCGUAUUUGCCAUGUACAACAUCGGUUCUAUCGCUGCUGUUUUCUUCACGGCCCCCGUAAACGAUUGGUUCGGUCGACGAUGGGGAAUGUUCACUGGCGCUGCAGUCGUCAUCAUCGGUACCUGCGUCCAAGCUACAUCUACCAACCGAGGCCAUUUCCUCGGUGGUCGCUUCAUCCUGGGCUUUGGUGUCAGCUUUUGCUGUGUCUCCGCUCCCUGUUACGUCAGUGAAAUGGCCCAUCCUACCUGGCGAGGAACCAUCACCGGUCUCUACAACUGUACCUGGUACAUUGGUAGCAUCAUUGCUAGUUGGGUUGUCUUUGGUUGCAGUUACCUAGGCGAAACGAAUGACAUCGCUUGGCGAGUUCCCAUCUGGUGCCAGAUGGUUACAUCCGGCUUUGUGGUACUCUUCGUUCUCUUCUUGCCUGAGUCUCCUCGAUGGCUCAUCGCCCAAGACCGCGUUGAGGAUGCUGUCAAGGUCCUUGCUAAGUACCAUGGUGAAGGUGACCCCAACCAUCCCAUGGUUAUCAUGCAAAUCAAGGAGAUGACCCACCAGAUCGCCUCCGAUGCUACUGACAAGUCGUGGUGGGACUACCGUGGACUCUGGAACAGUCACAGUGCACGACGUCGACUCAUUGGUGUCUUGGGUAUGGCUGUCUUUGGACAGGUCAGCGGUAACAGUUUGAGCUCUUACUAUCUUCCUGUCAUGAUGAAGUACGCCGGCAUCGUGGAGGAGAAGAAGGUUUUGGCUCUCAAUGGUGUCAACCCCGUUCUUUGCUUCUUCGGUGCCAUUCUUGGUGCCCGUAUGACCGACGUUAUCGGUCGUCGCCCUCUUUUGCUCUACUCCAUCAUAUUCUGCUCUUGCUGUUUCGCCAUCAUCACCGGAACCAGCAAGCUCUCUCUCGACGACCGCGACAACUCCUCUGCUGCCAACGCCACAGUUGCCAUGAUCUUCAUCUUCGGAAUCGUCUUCUCUUUCGGCUGGACUCCUCUCCAGUCGGCAUACAUUGCUGAGUGUCUGUCCACUGACACCAGAGCCAAGGGUACUGCCAUUGGUAACUUGGCGAGCUCCAUUGCUUCAACCAUUAUUCAGUACAGCAGUGGUCCUGCAUUCCAGAAGAUCGGUUACCACUUUUACCUCGUGUUUGUUUUCUGGGACCUUUUUGAGGCAGUAAUUAUUUGGUUCUUCUUUCCCGAGACAAAGGACCGUACUCUGGAGGAACUGUCUGAGGUGUUUGAGGCUCCCAACCCUGUCAAGAAGAGUCUCCAGAAGAGAGAUGCCAACACGGUUAUGAACACCAUGAAUGUGGCGGGCGACGAGAAGCUCACUGGAGAUGUCUGA